UAGCAACACAUUAUCCUGUGCAUACGACCAUUGUGUGACUGAAAAAUGAACAGAGAGUUUUUAUUCUGUGUAGGAAUGCUUAACAGCUUACAAGACUAGGAAUUACAACAUCAAGAUAACUGGCAACCAUAUGCCAGUAAAAAUACCUCAAUAUGGUGACAUAUGUCCUGUGGUCAGCAGUUGUCUGGACUCUGAAUGGCCUGUUGUGCUGUUGGAGGUUUUUCUGGGUAAACCCAUACUGUGCCCUAAAAUCUACACCACGGAUACCACAUGAAUCUGAAAGCUGCACCCAUCAGAAACACUUUACAGAAUCUGAGAGACAACACAUCUGGGAGAAGUCAGGUCACCAUGAGCACAGCUGUACCUUAUACAAGAGGCUAUUGAAAGCUGAGGGGGAGAUUCAGGAUCUGAAAGCUCAGAUUGCUAAUCAAAGGGCAUCAUGGGAAAUGCGGUUCAUGGAGCUGCAGAAGAGACAGCAUGAUCUAAGAGAUCAGUUGUACUCUGAGAUUGUCACUAGGUCAGGUGCCUUGCACAAAGCAAGUGAUUCAACAGAAAUGAGUGAGAACUUCAGAGAGUCUGACUUGGAGAAUGGACACAGUUUUGAGGAAAAGAAACGUAGCUGGUCCAGUGGCUUGAACAAAAUCCACCAACUGGAUAUGAAAAUACUGCACGAUGUGGCUUACGCAAACAGUCUUCCCUGCAGUCAGGACUCCUUUUGUGCUACUUCUGACUCCAGAUCUACAUCUGCCAUGUCUGUCAACACAAGUGUGGGCUCAUGGAGAAGUGGCACUCGUCCCCAAAGAGCCUUUGUGCCCCAUUCUCCAAUGGACCUGCAGAUUGGCCACAGGGUCAGGGUUUUGCUCCCUACAGGCCGAAUUAGCACUGGAACCCUGCGCUAUCUGGGCCGACCACAUGGAUCAUCUGACUUCUAUUUGGGUGUGGAGCUGGAACUGGCUGAGAAUACAAAGCAAGCAGGCACCUAUGAGGGACAGUGCUACUUUGACUGCAAGCCUGGACAUGGUGCAUUUGUGGCAUUCAGCAAGCUACUACUGGCCUGGGAGUAGACAUAUCAAUUAUUUCUUUCUCACUCCUUCUAACUGCCAGGGCCGGUGAGAGGCACCUUGUGAGCAUACGCAUAUAUGCUGAGACUUUUCAACAAAGUCACAAAGUAAAGUAUGAUGCAGUAUUUGUAAUAAAUACUGCUGUCCUACAGCCAUUUCCCCUACCUUCGUCUUGCCUUAUCAUACCACAACAUACUCUUUUUGGUUAACUGUGUUAUUUAAUGAGCCACUUCCACUUGUCUUGCCAGUGUUUGAACCCAGUGCCAAACCCAGAACCAAAUAUCAUAGCCUAACAAAUUGCCAACACUCCAAUGUCUACAAUGAAUAUUAAGCAUAUUAAGAAGCUGUGAAAGCAGCCUCAGUUGUUUUCUAAGCAUAUUGGCAACCAGGUGGCAGAUGUGGCUCAGCUUAAACUGUACUGGAAAUGAGACCACACAGUGUGGAAGCUCAUGUCCUUCAAAGGUGCCCUCCAUAAAGCACAAUGACUGGCCUUCCUUCCCAUUCCUCUUUUUAGGAAUGAGAGACUGUUAUGUCUACAGCAACAUCUGAGAGAUUUUCCAGGCUAAUAAUGACCCACGAAUUGAACUACUAUGUUCAACUCUGGCCUCAGUAGUGUCUUAAAACAAGUCUGGAUCAGCUUCUGGCACUGGUGAAGUGCAUCUUAGCUAAUAUGACAGAUCAUUAUCAGGUCAGAGAGGGUCACACGCCUACAGUUGAUACCUACAUUGCAUCAUUGGUGGUCUCACCAGGCAAAGCUCUACACUUAUAUGGGCCUUCCCGAGCACUGAAUGCAGACACCCCGAUGACAUGCUAGUGAGAGGUUACAGUAUCACAUCAUGUGCAUGCACCAACUACAUAUUAGCUAUUUGACUGUUAGCAUUGGAAUCUGCAUAUAUUGGUCCCUAUGCAAGGGUAGCUCCAAUUGAAAUCUCACUCCUGGCAGUGAGACACCUAUGCCAGGAUAUAGGGGACUCUCCACAAGCCUGAUUUAAGCACACUUAUUGUUAGCAAUUGUUAGUACCAGUUGUUACCUGUGGUAUCUAUUGCAAAUAGUGCAUCAAACAUCACUUUGUUGGAAAGGCUCUGCAUGUGAGCACAUGUACACAAGAAGGUACCCAGGUGAAUCUCACCACUGCUGGCAGUUACACCAAUGAGUACCAAUGAGCCAUAACAUUAAAACCACUGCGUAACAUUAAAACCAGUGAGUAACACUGAUUAUCUCAUUACAAUGUCACCUGUCAAGGAGUGGGAUAUAUUAGGCUGUAAGUGAAUAGUCAGUUCUUGAAGUUGAUGUGUUGGAAGCAGGGAAAAUGGGCAAGGGUAAGGAUCUGAGCGACUUUGACCAGGGCCAAAUUGUGACGGCUAGAAGACUGGGUCAGGGCAUCUCCAAAAUGGCAGGUCUUGUGUGUUCCUGGCAGGUGUUCCUGGUAUGCAGUGGUUAGUAUCUACCAAAAAUGGUCCAAGGAAGGACAACCGGUGAACUGGCGAGAGGGUCUUGGGUGCCCAUGGCUCACUGAUACGUGUGGAGGAGCAAAGGCUAGCCCAUGCUGUCUGAUCCCACAGAAGCAGUACUGUAGCACUUAUUGCUGAAAAAGUUAAUGAUGGCUAUGAUAGAAAGGAAUCAGAACACACAGUGCAUCACAGCUUGCUGUAUAGGGGCUGUAUAGCUGCAAUCCAGUCAGAGUGCCCAUGUUGACGCCUGUCCACCGCCAUGGCAACGCAAUUCCCUAAUGGCAGUGGCCUCUUCCAGCAGGAUAAAGAAUGAUUUGAGGGACAUGACAAAGAGUUCAAGGUGUUGACUUGGCCUCCAAACUCCCCAGAUCUCAGUCCGAUAGAGCAUCUGUGGGAUGUGCUGGACAAAAAAGUCCAAUCCACCUCACAAUUUACAGGACUUAAAGGAUCUGCUGCUAACUUCUUGGUGCCAGAUACCACAGCACACCUUCAGAAGUCUUGUGGAAUCUAUGCCUUGAUGAAUCAAAGCUGUUUUGGUGGCACAAGGGUGACCUACACAAUAUUAGGGAGGUGAUUUUAAAGUUAUGGCUGAUUAUUGUAUAAGAUUUUUAAUGUCGCCUACUAGUGGUGGG